ACGCACAAGCGCCCCCACGCUGCAAAACGCACUACAACACGUGCUCGCCGAAUAUGUCCAUACAUUAAAAUGGGCGAUGACGAUUGCCGUUAUUAUUGUUUAAAAUAUCGUGGUACAGUAUGGUGUAUCAAUGUGUUUUUUUUUUAGUGGUCGCUCAUCAGGGUAUGUACAGACUGUGAGAUGACGAUGCGGUUACUGUAUUAGCUCGCGGGAGAUGUGAACUCCUCUAGACGUGAAAACAGUGUUUCAGUACUGUGGGCGCGAAUCAGUGAGGGAGAUGUAGACUGGGAGAUGUAAAGACGCGUCGGGGAGCUUUUAAAUUUCCCAGUAUGCUCUGCACGGCUAGGGCGAUGGCGUUGAUUCCGGCACCUCUGUUGCGAGUGUCCAUACUGCUCGCCUAUUUCUCAGUGCUCUGCGCCUACAGGGCGGUGGACAUACCAGCUCAGCAGACAUACGGCGGCAGCUGGAAAUUCCUCACUUACAUCAACGUGGUCAUUCAAACGUGUUUCUUUGCCGUCGCGGUCUUGGGAGAUGCUUCCAAGUUCCUGCACCAGGGCGGUAGCGGCCUGGCGAUGGAUCAGCAGCUCACGAAGCUCACGCGGCUACGGGAUCGCAUUUUCACCGUCCUCGCUUUCCCUAUUGGGACCUUUGUGGUCAUAGCCUUCUGGGCCAUGUACUCCUGGGACAGAGAGAUGGUCCAUCCGGAGGUGCUCGACUCCUUCAUCCCCGCCUGGCUCCACCACGGCAUGCACAGCACCGUGCUGCUCUUCCUGCUCUUGGAGAUCCUCAUGACGCCACAUCGCUACCCAAGCAGAGCCAUGGGCCUCCUCGGCACCGUUCUCUUCAGCGUCGCCUACAUCGGCUGUGCAAGAACACGAACGAGACGGUGCCGGGAGGUUGUCGCGACCCAGCGCUGUUGACGAUGCCACAUGUCGCCAUCGCUUCCUGCCUUUGUUUUCAACGGUGUUACUUCACUUGAUUCCUCUGUUUGUCCGGGUCAAAUCUUGUAAUCAGAAUUUCGUCCACUUCCCGUUGUCCAAUCAAUUUCACAUUUUGCACACGUACUCAGAUCCGGUGACAAUGCAUGCCUGUAUCAAAAUCGGCAUCAAUGAAAUCGAUUGAAUUGCUACUUUAAAACAAUUAACAUUUUGUAUGAACGCCUUGUUAUUGAAAAAUAUUUGUGUCGGUCAAAAACGCCGCGGUCCCCAAACUCUCGCAUCGCCUCGCCCAAGAACCAGGCGCCACGUGUUUUAGGCGCGCCAGUUGUGAUUAAAACCGUUGUUUAAAAUGUGCUUGUUUUAAGGAGUUUAGUAUAGAUGCCACGGUGUUUUAUAAAGUCCAAGCAUCAUUAACAUCGCGGCCACGUUCUAGCUUCACAUCAUCCCCUUAUUAUACAGUCGACAUUUGCCCUUCAAGGACCAUUCUUACUGUUUCAUCACUGCCGCUGUCCAGCAUUCGGUCUUCCCUUUGGCCGCCAGUCUCUAAGUGCCUGUCUUUGUGAGCUGCCCUCCUGAAGCGUGUGCACAGGACAUGCCCAUCAAAGGCUGCUAUUUUUUAUUUUGUCUAUAAUCUCGUCAGAUCUCGCAAGCUAAGCAAGUGCGAGCCUGGAUAGUGCUUGGAUUGGUAAACACCAUACGUAAUGAGUGUUAUAAGCUGCGUGUGGUGGGGAGCGGUUAGCGCGCCGCGCUUCGAACCCGGCCACCCGAGUUCGAUUCCCGCUCACGGCCAACACCAGUGACAAUUAUCUAAACGUGGUCCUGGGCCUCCCCUAGA